UUCAAUUGGUAAUUUUGCGCGUUCCUCAACCAUCCAAUGAUUAAUUAUUCUUGUCAGGUUUCUUGAGUAUUUCGCGAAGAGGAAGGAUGAAUUCUAGCACUAGAGCGAAUCGUGGAAGCAAAGUUAUUUCUGAAGCUCUGAAAGAGCCGGAACCUGGUUAUGUCGGAUUUGCAAAUCUCCCCAAUCAAGUCCACCGCAAAUCUGUGAAAAAAGGCUUUGAGUUCACCCUUAUGGUUGUUGGUGAAUCUGGUUUGGGAAAGUCAACUCUUGUGGAUAGCUUGUUUUUGACAGACUUGUAUGAUGAUACUGCCAUUCCAAGAGUAGUUGAUCGUAUACAUCAGACAGUUGAAAUUGAAACUAAUACUGUAGAAAUUGAAGAAAAAGGCAUCCGCUUAAGAUUAACAGUGGUUGAUACUCCUGGAUUUGCUGAUGCUGUUGAUAACACUGACUGCUGGCAAGCUGUAACAAAUUAUGUUGAUCAACAAUAUGAGGCAUACUUGCAAGAUGAAUCAGGACUCAAUCGCAGACACAUAGUGGACAACAGGGUUCAUUGCUGUCUUUACUUUAUUUGUCCCCAUGGCCAUGGGUUAAAACCCAUAGACAUUGCUUUCAUGAAGAUGCUGCAUACCAAAGUAAACAUUGUUCCAGUUAUUGCGAAGGCUGAUUGUUUAACAAAGUUUGAAGUACAGCGACUGAAAAGAAAGAUAUUAGAGGAGAUUGAUGACAAUGGUAUUAAAAUUUACACUUUCCCUGAAUGUGAUAGUGAAGAUGAUGAAGAAUUUGUCCAAAUCAACCAAGAACUCAAGGGUAGCAUUCCUUUUGCUGUGAUUGGUAGUAACAACGUAACAGAUGUGAGAGGAAAGCAAGUACGAGUCAGGCAAUAUCCUUGGGGAAUGGCAGAAGUCGAAAACCCCGAACAUUGUGACUUCAUAAAGCUUAGAAACAUGCUUAUACGGACGCAUAUGCAGGACUUGAAAGAUGUCACACAAGAGGUUCAUUAUGAAAAUUACAGAGCAGAAAGACUGUCGAGCCAGGGGGAACCUUCCAGUCCACGAAAAACAAUAGAAGGAAUGAAACGAAAAAGUGGAAAUUUCGAUUUGGAUGACGUGGAUACAGCAGAAAUCUCAGAGAAGGACCGAAUGUUAAGGGAAAAAGAAGCAGAGUUGAGGCGAAUGCAAGAGAUGAUAGCUAACAUGCAGAAACAGAUGGCUAAACAAAAAGGAGCUGCACUCGACGAAAAGCUCUGAAUUCGCAAAGAUGUGUCUAGAAUUUCUGUAAAACUUGUAGAAUUUCUGUCACUCUCUGCCGGUUAGUUCUUAUUUAUAGCACUUGUAUAUUGUUAUCACACAACGGUGUUGAGUUCUUCAUCUGAGGGCCUCUUCAUAUGAGCCCGGUUGACCAGGCUGGCCCGGUUUCCGAGAUCUCGCCUUACCUCUAAAUCCUUUGUAAAAUUUUCUAUGUGUUCAUAUGAGAGGGCGUCCUGGCUCGGUUACCGAGACUUCUGUUUUUCCAACCGAGAUCUCGGUAAGGGGGCUGGAAAAUUUUGCUAUAUGAACACUUCAUCCCGGUUACCGGGAUGAAUUAUUCGCAAUAGCGCAUGCGUUAAAUGGUCGAUGACGAAGCAGCGCACUUUCAUCACACAACAAGGCGGCCCGAAUGGCAUCGUUUUGCUUUGCCUGAUGAAUUUUCCAUAUCAUUACCAGCCCGUUUAACUGCAGUGAUACUGCUAAAAGGGUUACCAAAGCCAUGAUAGGCGUAAAAGUAAUAUGUCGGUUGCAUUUCGCCAUCUUUGUUUUGUGUUUCUAAUUUCGCGCCAAAUCUCGUCCCCAGGAUCUUCGGCCUUUUCUCAUCUGGGAAACCGGGCUGAAUUUUCUCAUAUGAACCUAAGACGAAAUUCGUCCUGGUAAGCAGGCCAUUUCGGUCAACCGCGCUCAUAUGAAGAGGCCCUCAGAGUGGUGUUUUCACGUAAGCUUCUCGUGGAGAGUAUUGCGUGAUGGGCUUGGCAACGUGACAAUCAAGUAACGUAAUAUAACAAAAAAAGAUGGUUUUCAAGUCGAUAUAUGACAAUUAACGGAAG